GCGGCGGCGUCGGGCUCUGGCUAGCCACGACCCGCGGCGCUCUCGCUCGCCCACGGCCCGGCCCACGCCUUGUCUCCCGGCGGCGGCGCGCGCUCGGCCGGGGGUGGGGCGGCGGCUUCGGGGAUGGGGAGGCGGCGCUCGCGGAGAAGAGACUCCUGAGCUGAGGGGACGCGCAAGCCGCGGGGACAGCCGAGCCGAAGGGCGCUCGAGCGCACGGUGCCGGCGGGUAUGGCCGAGCGCGGGGCGGCAGCCGGCGGCGAGGACGGGGGCCCGCCGGACGCACUGAGCCUGGAGGAGAUCCUGCGGCUCUACAACCAGCCCAUUAACGAGGAGCAGGCUUGGGCCGUGUGCUACCAGUGCUGCGGCUCCUUGCGCGCCGCCGAUGCCCGCCGCCGGCCCCGCCGCAGAGCCGCCUCGGCCGCGCACAUCCGUGUCUGGAGGGAUGGCACCGUCACGUUGGCGCCCGGGGCCGGCGGCGCGGAGGAGCCGCCCCCCGCCACGGGUAAAUUGGGAUAUUCACAAUGUACAGAAACAGAGGUUAUUGAAUCUUUGGGAAUUAUUAUUUACAAAGCACUGGACUACGGUUUGAAGGAGAACGAAGAAAGGGAGUUAAGUCCUCCCCUUGAGCAGCUCAUCGAUCAUAUGGCCAAUACUGUGGAAGCAGAUGGAAGUAACGAUGAGGGCUAUGAGGCUGCGGAUGAGGGCAUGGAAGAUGAGGAUGAGGACAGAAGAAAAGUCUCCGCUAUUCGGUCAUACAGAGAUGUCAUGAAGUUAUGUGCUGCUCAUCUCCCCACUGAAUCAGAGGCACCAAAUCAUUACCAGGCAGUAUGUCGAGCACUAUUUGCAGAAACAAUGGAGCUGCAUACAUUUCUGACUAAAAUUAAGAGUGCAAAGGAGAAUCUUAAGAAGAUUCAAGAAAUGGAAAAGAGUGAUGAAUCUAGCACAGACCUGGAGGAGCUGAAAAAUGCUGACUGGGCUCGGUUCUGGGUACAGGUGAUGAGGGAUUUGCGGAAUGGUGUAAAACUUAAGAAGGUCCAAGAGCGGCAGUACAAUCCUUUGCCUAUUGAAUAUCAGCUCACCCCUUAUGAGAUGCUAAUGGAUGACAUCCGGUCCAAAAGAUAUACUUUGCGAAAGGUGAUGGUGAAUGGUGAUAUUCCUCCUCGAUUAAAAAAAAGUGCUCAUGAAAUCAUCCUGGACUUCAUCAGAUCGAGGCCUCCUUUAAAUCCGGCCUCAGCCAGAAAACUGAAACCAACCCCUCCACGGCCACGGAGUCUCCAUGAAAGAAUAUUAGAAGAAAUCAAAGCAGAAAGAAAGCUGCGACCCGUCUCACCAGAGGAGAUUAGACGGAGCAGAUUAGAGGUGACUACCCCUGAAUCUGCGAAGAGUGCGACAGAACCGCCUGUGGGGAACGGAGGCUCAGCACCACAAGCAAAAGGCAGUGGGGUGGUGGCCCCACAGCAGACAUCCGGGCCGCGGAAGAAGUUGCUCAAAGCCCCGACGCUGGCCGAGCUGGACAGCUCCGACUCGGAGGAAGAAGCGAUGCACAAGUCCACCAGCAGCAGCAGUGUUUCUCCGUCCUUCCUGGAAGACCCCGUGCUGGAGGCUGCAUCCACAAGGAAGAAGCCUCCGAAAUUCCUGCCCAUGUCGUCAACCCCGCAGCCGGAGAGGCGGCAGCCGCCCCAGCGCCGACACUCCAUCGAGAAGGAGACGCCCACCAACGUGCGGCACUUCCUGCCGCCCACCCGGCAGAGCUCCCGGUCUCUGGUGCCUAGGAUAACCAGUGUUUGGCCAAGGACGCCUUUCCGACCACUUUUUUCUACCAUACAAACAGCUUCUCUGCUCAGCUCUCAUCCUUUUGAAGCAGCCGUGUUUGGGGUAGCAGGGGCUAUGUAUUAUCUGUGUGAAAGAGCUUUUACCAGCAGGUGGAAACCCUCAAAGGAGGAAUUCUGCUACCCAGUGGAAUGCCUCGCUCUCACGGUGGAGGAGGUGAUGCACAUUCGCCAAGUCCUGGUGAAGGCGGAACUGGAAAAAUACCAGCAGUACAAAGACGUCUACACCGCCCUGAAAAAAGGAAAGCUCUGCUUUUGUUGCCGAACCAGGCGAUUUUCCUUCUUCACCUGGUCUUACACCUGUCAGUUCUGUAAGAGGCCGGUGUGUUCACAGUGUUGCAAAAAGAUGCGACUGCCAUCAAAGCCAUACUCCACUCUUCCAAUCUUUUCUUUGGGACCUUCUGCCUUGCAAAGAGGGGAAAGUUUGAUGAGGCCAGAAAAACCCUCCACCAGCCACCAUCGGCCACUUCGGGGCAUUGCCAAGUUCUCCUCGAAAUCUAAGUCUGUGGAGAAAUCAGAUGAAGAACUGCAGUUUCCCAAAGAGCUCAUGGAAGACUGGAGCACUAUGGAGGUGUGUGUAGACUGCAAAAAGUUUAUUUCGGAAAUCAUCAGUUCAAGCCGGCGUAGCCUGGUGUUGGCCAACAAAAGGGCUCGGUUGAAAAGGAAAACGCAGUCUUUCUACAUGUCCUCCCCUGGCCCCUCGGAGUACUGCCCCUCAGAGAGGACAAUCAACGAGAUCUGAGCCUGUGCCUUCCAGCUGCUUUUGUGUCCAGAGGAACACUGAACCAGGCUGCAUUUCCUCUCCGGGGUUUUAUUUAAUUGGCUUGAAUUUGCCUUAGGUCAGAUGUUGGCUGCAUCACAUUGUUCACAGACUGAAUGCUGUGUUCAUGUUGAGUGAUGAAAUGGGGCACAUCAGCCCGUUGCUCGUUUGCGCUGAGAGAGAACAGUAGUUUGAAACUUACUUUUGUUGUGUGUGUGGAUUUGGAGGCCAGAAACUUCUUCCUUAGUUCGGUUCUUUACUCUUCCUCCAGUAAUUUUCUGACUAAGGCAAAGAGCUUCUCUCCUGGGAAAUCAACCCAACAAAGGUGUCGACGUUAGCACAGCUCUAAGCAGUAAGUCAUAUUGGCAUUUGCACCCUACAGUGUUCCUCUCUAAUGCCCUCCCCAACCCGGAGCCCUCCCAAACCCCAGAGAGGUACAGGCAGGGGACCCCCACACUAAACCUGGAGAAUCCCUAAAGCUGCCCACCUGAUUUGUCAAUUAUUGCUGCCCUGAGAUAAAGAGUAAAUGAGGGACUUCAUGCCUGCUUUGUGCAAAGCAUCUGAAUAAGCUGCCACCCCAUGGGCGGCCAGCUCCUCUGAGCCACUGUGGUUGCCCAGAGCUGUCAACUCUGCCGCCUAUCGUGACUGUGUCAUGGGGACUAGCAGAUUGAUAGGGGAGGUCCAAGAAUUAGUGCCGUGGGAGUUUCGGGACAAAGGAAGGCUGAAGGUCUGUCAGGAAGGAGAGAGUGUCUUAGUUGACUAUGAAAGGGCCAUGACAGCUUAGGUUGCCGGCUUUGGGCCACCCUGCAGGGGCUGAGCUGUAGCUCACAGUCUUCAACUGCAUUUUCAUAACUUUAAUUACAGCCACCAUGACUGCCAGCAAAGCCACAACUUGAUACCUAAGGUCUCAACCUGAAAUUUGUUUAUUUUUAUAAAUGAAUUUUAAAAGAAAAAAGAUGGCCUAGCUGUUUAAAAUUACAAGAAAAUUAGCCUGCGUCAGGCUUCUCAGAUGCCCCUCGGCCUAGUUUUCCUGGUGGGUGUCCUGAGUGAGCAGGUGGGUGUUGGCGAGGUGGCUUGGAGGGUGGCAGGGGACACUCGGAACCUCUUGGCUUGCCUGGCCACAGCGUGGGCCGUGCUUGAUGAUCUUGGUAGCUUAGCAGUGACCAGCCGGGGCAGCUGCUGUCAGGGUUUGGGAAGUCGGUUCACGCACAUGCACCGGCCCCAGCUGCUGAGGUGGGGCAGCUGCACUGCCCAGCCGGUCACAGGGCAGCACCUUCUGCAGUGAGCUGACAGCAAGGCCUCAGGGCUGCUCUGGUGGGAGUUGUUAAUGGAUUAAAACUUACAGUUUAGUAGAUGGCUUACAAUUACUUCUCACAAAAUAAACUUUGCCAGUUGACUAAAAUAAUGGAUGUUAACGGUUCAUCUGUAGGUGCAUGUAAAAGUGGCUCACCAGGGCAUCCGUAUUGGUUAUAGAAUGUUUAAAUUCUUUUAAAGACUCUUCUCUAAGGACUUUAAAAAUUUUAUUGAGUGAGUCUCAUUUAUAAAAUUUUCCAAGAAAUUGUUUGAACUUUAUAUUCCACAGUUACAUGGAUCCACAUUCUUUGGCCCCAGGCUGGAAUGUCUUCUGGAAGGACUACCAGGAAGGGGUUUCUGUGAGAGGAAGUGAUAUUUGUAUAUAAACAUGCACCUAGGAUAAUGUGCUUUUUAAAACAAUGACCAAUUAACUCUUUUUAUUACAACAUAAGAACCUAAACUCUAAAAAUGAGUUCACAUUCACAAAGCACACAUUGAAUAAGUACCUUUUCCUUAACUUCUUCAGGUUGAGGUGCUGCGUAGGCCAGUUCAGCUCUCACGAUCACCUCCUACCAGAGCAGAAGGUCAGGUUUUCAGUAAUAGACCCCCAGAGAGGUUGAGUGGACGGCGUGUUUGCUGAAACAGUGGAAGGAAAGGGCACGUGGCACAGUUAAAAUUGUAGAAAUCAAAUUAGCAUCACCUUUUGGGUGCCAAAACAAAUUCUUCAGUGUAACCCUCCCUUAUCCAUGAUAUGUGCCCCCCACUUGAAAACACUCACCCUGUCUGACUUUAGGCAUAGCUUCCUAUUCUGACUUCUAAGUUACUGUAUCUUUGCAGUGUUCUUCUUUGUCUUGGUUCCCUGCUGUUCAGCAUUUACCUCUGAUCCAACAAAAGAAAAGUUGUGGCUGCUGGUCGCAUCGCUGGAGUCUGAUAUGUCCUAGGUCACUGUGUGUAGACUUGAAGGUGACCCCUCUCUCCUUCCUCACUCUCACCCUGACUCACUCCAGGCAGGGCCAGUUCUUUUGGGUCUCCCUGUUGGGAGAACGUCAUUCCCCUUGCCAUAGUUUAACUUUCUUUCAACAUCAGAGUAUAUGCGAAUGCUUGUAAAUACUGUAAUAUAUUUAUUAAUAUUUGAACGGCAUUCAUUCAGUGGUCAAUGGGAAUUAACUGCCCAGGCAAAUAAAAAUUAAAUGAAAUAAUUAAUAUGUACAUUGACUUAACAGUCUUGUUAAGAUUUCAAGUCGUAUGUCUUUGAAAUUAAACCAGAAGGUUGUCAUGUAGGAGUUUUUAAAAUGACUUAAGUUUGAAGAUAUUAUGUGAUUAGCAUCAUGAACCCAUACUAAGAAUUUUUUAGGGCUUUUAUUUUUCUAGCAGUAUUAAUAAAUAUAAGACUUGAUUUUAGGUGUCACAUAAAAGACAUGAAAGUUUUUAAAUUAUGUUGCUAUUUGCUAAAGCAAAAUAGCAGAAAAUCUUGUACUUGCAAAACCGUUGAAAGGCCAUGAAGAAAUGUGUACUCCGGGACUUUGAUCUGACUUCCUGUGUGUGUAGAAUUCAAGGAAUUGCUGGUAUUCAGGGUGACAUGACAGUACUAAACAUUUUCCAUUAAAGUCUUUUAUUUUACAAAUUACCUAGGGAAAAAUAAAAUUGCUUUCCAUCAUACCUUCUGUGUUGAGUUCCUCUUGUAAAAUGGUAAUGCCUUUGGUUACUAGCUGUUAGAAAUCACCCAGGUAGGUUGGAAGACAGAUACGUUUAUCAUUGGCAGCUUAAGAUCAUUUUGAGAAAUGCAAUCUAACAAGGACCACAAUUGGAAAAAAUUAAAAUAGAGCCACCACCAAUAACUUUGUCGUAUUACCAAGAGUUGUGAUUCCUUUUUCACCUCAACAGGGUGGGAAAGUAAAAUUCUAUAAAUAGUAAAUGUCCCAUGGUAGGAAAAUUUAUUGUUGCAGCACUUAAAGACUUGAGAAGUAGAUUAGGAAGAUUAAACCCAGAAUUUAGGAAAGUUCUUGUUUUUAUGUUAACUAAGAGAGCAUCAUUGAUCUCCAGAGGUCUUAAACAUUACAUACUACUGAGUUGUUUAUUCAUUCAUUUACUUAUGCUUGUCUCUUAAUUGCCACACAUUUUUAGGAUCUCCUCCCACUGAAGAUUCUCGGUGAUACCCAGACAUUUUUGGUGCGUCUCGUUCAUUAUCCAAAUGACUCUUUAAGUCCAAGUCAGAGCCCUUGACUUGUGCCUCCUAGAUUCCAGAGAUAUAGAAGAUUUGAAUUCCAUAAGUGGGCAAAGCUUUUGGGUAGCCCUUACCUUACUAUGUGUUUUCUUUUUAACGCCCCAACUCCAAUUGAAGAAAAGAUGUAUAGUUGUAAAUCAUCAUAGUCUGGAAUUUCAUAAAACUUCUUUUAGAAAAGAGCUUGAUUACACAUAAGAUGCAUUUAAGGACCCCACAAACAUCCAGAGAGAUGAGUCAUAAUACUAACAGAGGGUGUGCCCGUGUCUGCCAAAGCCACCUUUCCUGGAAAUGUUCCCAAGGGUCAGAGCUGAGAACCUACCUCACAUGAAACUGCCUAAAGGAACCAAAUUCAGGUGCAGGCAACUGUAGACUGAAGUUGUACCCUUAUCGUGAAGUUGUACCCUUAUUCCUUUAAAAUGUGUAUGAUGUAGUAUAAUUUAUUUCUUUAGAACAAAUUUAACACUGCUGAUAUCCUUUCAGUAUUUUCAAACCUGCGAUUAAAAUUACUUUUAACUCCA